AGCGAAAGCCCGUCGCCUAUCGAAAGAUGAACCAACUCGAUGCGCUCAUCACCCGCCAAAAACGCGUUCAAGUUCUUGAGGUGCAUCCGAUUUGGGCCAAUUUUCUCGACCCACUCUUGGCCCAAGCCGCCCAACUCCUUGUUGUGUCCCGGCCCACAAUAGGCGUUCCUGAGUUGUUGGAGCUGUGGAUGCUCUCUUGGAAUUUUCCUCAGAGUCUGGAGCCUGCCCACAGGUACCCAAUCAGAAGACGCCACGUCAGUGCCCGUAAGGAGAAAAGGGAACCAAAACCAUUUUAUUCGUUCCGCACCAGCCCCACAGGUCCAUUUUAUUCUUUAACCCCAAAAGUCCAAACAGGGGCUAUUUUGAAAACAGUGCCAUCCCGAUUUUUUCUUCGGUCCGCACCACAGGUCUUCAAACGCCCCCAACCAAUGAGAGAGCGCCACGCCACGCUGCUCGCUGCCGCGCUUCUUCUCCUCAUCCUGACGCCGGCGGCUGGAGGCGAGGACUCCGCCGGACGGCUGGAGAAGCUCUCGGGGAUAAUAAUCCCGGGCUUCGCGUCCACACAGCUGAGAGCGUGGUCGAUUCUGGACUGUCCUUACUCUCCGCUCGAUUUCAAUCCCCUGGAUUUAGUCUGGCUCGACUCUACUAAACUUUUGUCUGCAGUUAAUUGCUGGCUAAAGUGUAUGUUGCUAGAUCCUUAUAACCAAACAGAUCAUCCUGAAUGCAAGUCGCGCCCUGAUAGCGGUCUUUCUGCUAUUACGGAGCUUGAUCCAGGCUACAUUACUGGUCCGCUUUCGUCAGUGUGGAAAGAUUGGGUUAAAUGGUGCAUUGAGUUUGGUAUUGAGGCUAAUGCUAUAAUUGCAGUUCCAUAUGACUGGAGACUGUCACCUGCCAAACUCGAGGAGAGGGAUCUUUAUUUUCAUAAACUUAAGCUUACCUUUGAAACUGCUCUCAAGCUUCGUGGUGGGCCAUCAAUAGUUUUUGCUCACUCAAUGGGCAACAAUGUGUUUAGAUAUUUCUUGGAGUGGUUAAAAUUAGAAAUCGCCCCUAAAAUGUAUAUCAAAUGGCUGGAUGAACACAUUCAUGCAUACUUUGCUGUUGGAGCUCCUCUUCUUGGAGCAAUUGAGACUGUUAAAGCAACAUUAUCAGGAUUCACAUUUGGCCUACCUGUUUCUGAGGGAACAGCUCGGCUGAUGUUCAACUCUUUUGGAUCUUCAUUAUGGAUGCUGCCAUUUUCAAAACAUUGUAGAGUAGAGCAUACAUACUUGAAGCAUUUCUCAGGCAAGAGCAAAAAGGGGAAUCUUGCUUACGUUUGUGACGACCAGGAGUUUCAAGCAAACUAUUCUGGAUGGCCAACUAACAUAAUCAAUAUUGAAAUUCCAACAGUUCGAGGAGAUGAAGCUUACCCUUCAUUUAUAGGAGCAGCACAGGCCAACUUAUCUGAUGUGGAAUAUGGGUUUCCGACUCAGUUGUCCUUUUCUGCUCGUGAAGUCUCUGAUGGAACCUUUUUCAGAACUAUAGCUGAUUAUGACACUGAUAGUCAAAGAGUCAUGUACCAAUUAGAAGAGUCAUAUCAUGGUGAUCCUGUUCUAAAUCCUUUGACUCCAUGGGAUAGACCACCUCUCAAGAACAUCUUUUGCAUAUAUGGAAUAGAUUCAAAAACUGAGGUUGGUUAUUAUUUUGCUCCAAGUGGGAAGCCGUAUCCUGAUAACUGGAUAAUAACUGAUGUAAUCUUUGAGGUAGAAGGAUCUUUAUAUUCCAGGUCUGGGAACCUGGUUGAAGGAAACCCUGGUGCCACAAGUGGCGAUGAGACGGUACCUUACCAUUCACUCUCUUGGUGCAAGAACUGGCUAGGAUCAAAAGUAAACAUAACAAGGGCCCCUCAGGUUUCUAACUGGGAAGAGGAAUCUAUUGACAACUUGCAGUCGGAACAUGAUGGUUCAGAUGUCCAAAUGCAAUUUGAUGUUCACCAUCAGCCUGAAAUGGAUUUAGUUCCCAAUAUGACUAGAUCUCCCAGAGUCAAGUACAUAACCUAUUACGAAGACUCUGAAAGUCUUCCAGGAAAAAGGACAGCCGUUUGGGAGCUUGAUAAAGCAAAUCACAGGAACAUUGUCAGAUCUGCAGUACUAAUGCGGGAGUUGUGGCUUGAGAUGUGGCAUGAUAUACAUCCUGACAAAAAA